AUGAUUGCAAGAUUCUUCUUACGCUUCAUUUUAUCUUUAUUGCUAUUGCCGCUAAUUCUGGCACAAGAUUAUUACGCAAUACUGGAAGUAGACAAGGAUGCUUCCGAGAAAGAGAUCAAAUCAGCAUACAGACAAUUAUCCAAGAAAUAUCAUCCCGACAAAAAUUCUGGGAGUGAAGAAGCGCAUCACAAAUUCAUCGAAGUUGGUGAGGCGUACGAUGUAUUGAGUGAUCCUGAAAAGAAGAAGAUUUAUGACCAAUUUGGCGCAGAUGCUGUAAAGAAUGGUGGUGGUGGUGGUGGCGGCGCAGGCGGUCCCGGUGGAGGUGGAUUCCACGAUCCUUUUGACAUUUUUGAGCAUAUGUUCCAAGGUGGCCAUGGAGGCCCCGGUGGUGGUUUUGGCCAGAGACAGAGGCAACGUGGUCCUAUGAUCAAGGUCCAGGAAAAACUGUCCCUAAAACAAUUUUAUUCAGGCACUUCAAUUGAAUUUACUUUGAGUUUGAACGACGAAUGUGAUGUGUGCCAUGGGAGUGGCUCUGCCGAUGGUAAGUUGGCACAAUGCCCUGAUUGUCAAGGUCGUGGAGUUAUAAUACAAGUGCUGCGCAUGGGUAUUAUGACACAGCAGAUCCAACAGAUGUGCGGCAGGUGUGGCGGUACGGGACAGAUAAUCAAGAACCAAUGUAAAACGUGCCACGGUAAGAAGGUCAUCAAGAAAAACAAAUUCUUUCAUGUUGAUGUGCCACCUGGUGCACCUAGAAACUACUUGGACACAAGAGCAGGUGAGGCUGAAAAAGGUCCCGACUUUGACGCAGGUGAUUUGGUAAUAGAAUUCAAGGAAAAAGACACAGAAAACAUGGGUUAUAGAAGAAGAGGCGACAAUCUGUACAGAACAGAAGUCCUUUCUGCCGAGGAGGCUCUAUACGGCGGAUGGCAAAGAACGAUAGAGUUCUUUGAUGAGAAUAAACCUGUUAAGCUGUCCAGACCUGCGCAUGUUGUUGUCUCCAAUGGUGAGAUCGAAGUUUUGAAGGGGUUCGGCAUGCCCAAAAGUGGCAAGGGCCACGGUGAUUUGUACAUAGAUUACGUCGUUAUCAUGCCAAACAAACUCAAACGAGAGCCAACUUCGCUUAAAGAUGAGUUGUAA